UUCUACACUACACAACAGAGCUGGAGAGAGGGAGAGAGGGAGAGACAGUGGAUGGGAGAGAGAAUGCGGCAGAAACAGGGAACAGACUGUCAACAACUCUGGGAGAGAGGAUUACAAACUGCUCUCCUUCUCUUUGUUCUGGCAUCUCUGCGAUCUGUUGUUCUGCGCCACAUCUUUGAUCACUCUGUGUUUCGUUGCUCUGUGCCGUCUUUGUUCUCGUGUUUUUUCCAGCUGUAUGUUGCACUACUUCAUUCUGCCUCACCUUUCCCUAACAAUGACUGUCUAACUGUCCGUCAACCCCGUCCCUCCUUUGGAUUACUUUACUAUUUUUUUCCUUCUUUCUUACCUGUCUGGUAUACAUCCCCCCCGUCCAUCUGUGCAUGUUGUGAGGAUGCCCGUGUUGGAGGGACUCUGGGGCCCAGACCUCAGAGUGCAGGACUCUGGUCUGGGCGUCGGGGUUUGUCCUGAUGAGGCCACUCACUCACCAGUGUGGGGUCCUCUCAGGACUCCUCCUGUCACCUGCGGGGGUCUGUCGCUGGCGCUGGAACUUCCAGCUCUGUUACGGCAGCUGAGGGCUGCAUGGAGAGCGCGUAGGGGAGGCUCCCGGGGGACAGAGAGAAGUGACGAGAGCACAUGGGUGGAAGACGAGAAGGAAGGGGAGGGAGAGGGAGAGGAUGAGGUGAAGAAAGAGGAAGAGGAGGUGAAGCAGGCCACGGGAAGCAGGAGCGCACAUCUGGAAGCUGAUGGGAGACAGAGCACUUGUCAUCCUGUGGUGUUGCUGGCUGAGAGACGAGGCUCCUUCCCGCUGAUCGACCUCCGCAUCCUAAAGACCAGUGACCAGCGGGGGGAGGUAGAGUCCAGCACCAGGAAGAAGGUGAAGCGUCUGCUGAGCUUCCAGAGAUACUGCCACAGCUCCAGGCUGUUGAGGGGGGAUGUACCCCAAACCCCAGGGUCUCUGCACCUACUGGAUGAAGACUACCUAGGACAGGCUGUGCACAUGCUUUCAAAGGUCGGCACGUGGAACUUUGACAUUUUCCUCUUUGACCGUCUUACAAAUGGAAACAGCCUGGUGAUGCUGAUGUGCCAUCUCUUUAAUGUCUAUGGUCUCAUUCAUCACUUUCAGCUGGACAUGGUCAAACUGCACAGAUUUCUGGGCAUGUUGCAGGAGGGCUACCAUUCCCAGAAUCCUUAUCACAAUGCUGUUCAUGCAGCCGAUGUCACUCAAGCCAUGUACUGCUACCUGAAGGAGCCCAGGCUGGCGGAGCAGCUGAGUCUCCUGGAUGUUUUCCUGGGUCUGACCGCGGCGGCCGCCCACGACGUGGACCACCCUGGUGUCAACCAGCCCUUCCUGGUCAAGACCAGGCAUCACCUGGCCUCCCUGUACCAGAACACGUCAGUGCUGGAGAGUCACCACUGGAGGUCCACCGUGGGAAUGCUGCGGGAGUCAGGACUGCUGUCUCACCUGCCUGCUGACCUGUCAAGACGGAGGAAAGAUUAUCUACAGGACAUCGAGCAGCAGCUGGGCUCUCUGAUUCUGGCUACUGACAUCAGCCGACAGAACGAGUUCCUGUUGACCUUCAGAGAACAUUUGGAGAACCAGGACCUGGACCUUACACUGGCCUCACACAGGCACUUCAUGCUGCAGAUUGCUCUGAAGUGUGCAGACGUCUGUAACCCCUGUCGUGACUGGGAGCUGAGCAAACAGUGGAGUGAGAGAGUGUGUGAGGAGUUCUACAGACAGGGGGACGUGGAGAAAAAAUUUGAGUUGGAAAUUAGUCCUUUGUGUAACCAGCAAACAGACUCCGUCCCAGCCAUUCAGACAGGUUUUAUUUCCUACAUUGUGGAGCCUCUGUUUGAGGAGUGGCAGCGUUUCACACAGCCCAGCCUUUUAAGCCAGACCAUGACUGGUCACCUGAAGAAGAACAAAGCCAGGUGGAGCCGGCUGAGAUACGCACAGGCGUCUGUGGACGUCCACAGCUGCUCCCGUGACGAUGAGCCUGAAGGAGGAGAAGGAGGCGGGGAAGAAGAGGAGAUAGAAGAAGAAAACAUCCCGUGAUUCUUCUUUGUGUGGUGAGGUGUUUGAUUUUUAAUAGAGUUGAGGAGUUUUUCCUCUAGCAAAUUUGGUCCCACCACCCUGUGGACACGGGCUCUGAGGACCAGAGCCCCUUGACAAGGGGUCCGGUCUCUGUGAGUGGGAGAUGGAUUCCUCUGCUGGCGUUGUGGACUGAAGCAGCAGACGCACGGACGACGGAUGAUCUUAGUGAAUAGAUGCCAACUAAACAAAGCAAUUUCUUUAAAAGCUGUGAAAACUACUUUACGCCGAAGACGCCGAAGUUGAAAUUAAAAUUCAUGAACCAAUGUUCGAAGAUGGAACAAAUGAGAACAUGUUUGCACACUGCUGCAGGAACAAUGAAGAAAAGCCAAAAUAUAAAUGAAUCAAACAGCUGGACUGCGCUGUAGAGGACGUUAUCAACCAGAGUAAUAUUAAGAAUCUAUCGCUAAUACAAUGCUUUUUAAACGUACGUACUCAGACCUUUUCACUUUGUCUUUUUUUUGUACAGCACUGUAUCCAGGGUGCGUUUUACUGCAGCACUCAUUUGGUGGGUAACACCAGCUGUAACCAGACAAGAGCUCAGCCACCGAGCUGGACAACACACAAGCCAGAGCCAUGCAUUUAAAUUUAAAUAACGUGACGUUUCAAAGAGUACAACGUUGUCUGUACUUUGUUGUUGGACCUCAGCAGGUCACAUGCCAACAUCACACACAUGUUACAGGGUACAGCUGUCGGGACGGUGUCGCCCACUGAAGCACUGCUGUUGCCUUAGUUCAUCCACUCAUCAAAAGACCUCACUAUAACAAGCCUUAACAAUAAUUCAAUCCAGCUGUGAUGUUUUCUUCAAUGUUUUUCUUACACAAUCGUGUCUGUUUUUUCUUCUUAUCCGACCAACAUAUUGACAUUCAGACAUUCACUAAUAUCCACAUUUUGAUGAUUCAAGGACCUCUCGGCUGGGAUGGAAUCAUACAGUUCACUCUACUGUUUUCUACAUUUUCCAUACAUU